AUGGCAGUGGAUCGGCAGUCGUGGGGGGCUGCUAGGUGGGUCACAGGUAAGGUAAGGGGAGAGCAGCGAGAGGUUGUCGCGGUGGGGGAAAACUGGCAGGAGUUGCAGGAAGUGGCGGCCGGUGGUCUGGUUUUUGGCCACAGUGUGGUGGAACAUGCAGCAAUGGUUGUCCUAAUGACAUACUUAAUGGCAGAAUGGAGAGAGGAUCUCCAAAAAUCAGCAGCAACAGUGAAUAUAAACCAAGGUCUAACAUCUGUGAUUUCAUUAGCCUUUGCUCAUUUGGCUGAUACUUUUGUUGGUUGUUUCAAGAUGGUCUUUUUCUCCUCUAUUUCAUACGUCAUUGGACUAAGCCUUCUAUGCUUAUCAACUUUGAAACUUUUUCGACAUACAAAAGUCUGCUUGUUCUACAUUGCACUUGCCAUGAUAGCCAUGGGCAGGGCUGGGCGAAACUCCACACUGAAGCCAUUUUUGGCUUAUCAGUUCUGGGCAAAGUACCAAGAGGACGAUGAUGACAGAGUACAAUCCAGGACAAAAGUAUGUUGGAGCUUUGCCUGGCUAAUGGGUAUUCUUGUUACUUACUUUACAUUGCCAAAUCCUCACUGGCCACAAACCCUUGAACUCUCCACAUAUGUGAUGCCGGUUGCUCUUGCCAUCUUCUCUUUUGGCAUGCCCUUUUACCAUUGCCCUGCAACAAUUGAGACUCAGAGUCCUCUCACUACAGUUUUCAAAGUCUUCAACGUUGCCAUACUGCGUAGACACCUUAACGUGUAUCCACUUCAUGAGAGUAAUCAAUCAUUUACUUUGUUGCAAACAAAUCAAUUCAGAUGGCUAGAUAAAGCAGCUAUGUUGAAAGCAUCCUCAAUUAAUCCAGUAGAAGAAGAGAAGAUGGGGAGGCUCUGCACAAUUACACAAGUUGAAGAAACAAAACUUAUUCUAGAAAUGGUUCCUAUAUGGAUGGCCUUCCUAGUAUACAUUUUGGUGAAAUCCACUGGUGAAAAUUUUUUCAUUGAGCAAGCCACUAAGAUGAAUGGGUGUAACAAGACCAUCCUAGCCCUUUCUUUGAUCAAAUCCUUUCUCAGCCUUGCGAUUUCCUGGUUCUAUGAGUCAAUACAAGAAAACAGGCUAGCUGAAACACACAAAAGGAAAGCAACCCUAGUGAGAAUUGGACUAGGAAUGCUCUCAUCCCUAUGUUGUUGCACCAUUGCUUGGCACGUCGAGACCAGGAGGUUGAGUUCUUUGGAUACAAACAAUAGAUCGAUGAACAUUAUGCGGUUAGUUCCACAGUUUUGUUGCUUAGGACUAAUGGAAGGACUUGCUGAAGAUGGAAUCGAAAUGUUUUUCUGUUUUCAUGUUUCGAAACGGAUGGCGGGUUAUGGGAAGGUAUUCACAGAUUUCGUGAUUGGAAUGGGUAAUUUGGUGAGUGCCAUCACUAUUUAUGCAUCAAGAAGAUGGUUCAGAGACACCUUAAACAAUAGUCGUCUUGACAAGUAUUACCGGAUGUUGGCAAUAUUGAGUUAUAUAGAUAACAAGCAGCUAGUCAAAAACCCAUCAGAGGAGUUCUGUCUUAGCAAAAAGACGAAGAAAGAAUCAAAAAAGGCAAUUGUCAAAUUCAAUGAGACAUUACAAGAUCCAUCUGAAGAUGGAAGGAAUGAACAAGCAGAAGGCAACAUAGAAGAAUACGAAGCCAGCAAUGGACAAGAACAUCAAGCAAGCAGUGGAGAAGAAGAAACCAGAGAAGAAAGUGAAGAAACAGAAGCAGAAAACAAAGAACAAAAUGAACAGAAAGAAUAA